AUGAUGGCAUCCUGUUCACCGUUUAAUAAGCACAUCUUUCUUAAUGGCGGCCCGCCGAGUGAGACGACGAGCGAAAUUUCGUCGGUCGAAAGUGAUUGGGGCGAUCUGCGGCUGAUUGCGGGCCAGCUGGGCAUCGCCAAUCCGGACGAGCUGCACGUCGAGCGCUUCAAGGUGGACCGGCAGAAGCUUGAGGAGAUGAUCAAGGUGGAAACAUAUUCAGAGGGAAUGAAUAGUGCCGAGGAGUUCUUCACGAAUAUAAUGAAGGAAACUACCACCUACGUCAGCUGGCCGUGUCGCUUGAAGAUUGGAGCGAAAACGAAGAAGGAUCCGCACAUUCGCAUUGUUGGCAACAUGGCGGACGUGAUGCGGGCGAAAGAUAAAGUUAUGGCGCGACUGGACUCGAGAGGAAGCCGUGUGAUCAUGAAGAUGGACGUCUCGUACACAGACCAUUCGUUCAUCAUUGGCCGCGGUGGUAACAACAUCAAGAAGAUCAUGGAAGACACGACCACGCACAUCCACUUCCCGGACUCGAACCGCUCGAAUCCGACGGAAAAGAGCAACCAGGUGUCGAUGUGCGGUAGCAUCGAGGGCGUCGAAAGGGCCCGUUCGCUGGUGCGCAACUCGACACCGCUGCUAAUCUCGUUCGAGCUGCCCAUUUUGGCACCGGGUAAGACUCCGCCGGACAACGAUACACCGUACGUGAAGGAGAUUGAAGCGGAGUACGGGGUGCAGGUGAUCUUCUCGACACGGCCAAAGCUCCACUCAUCGCUGGUGCUGGUGAAGGGCUCGGAAAAGGAGGAACAGAUGGUGAAGGAGGCCACCCGGCGGCUGAUGGAUCUGAUGUGCGAGAACAUUGCGAGCCAGAUACCGGUCCAGAUGCAGCUGGAAAUCUCCACGCAGCACCAUCCGAUCGUGCUCGGGCGUGCGUCAAGCAAUCUGCGGGAAAUUAUGAACCGAACCGGCACCCAGAUUAUGUUCCCGGAUGCGAACGAUGUGAACAUAAAGCCAAUCAAGCGCUCCCAGGUGACCAUUACCGGCUCGAUAAACGGUGUCUAUUUGGCGAGGCAGCAAUUAAUCGGAAGCCUUCCGAUUGCGCUCAUCUUCGACUACCCGGAUAACACGGUUGAUUCAGAGGAAAUCACCAACCUAAUGCUGACGCACGACGUGUUCAUCUCCGUGCGCCAAAAGUCUCGCCAGAGCACGCUCUGCAUCGUGAUCAAGGGUAUCGAAAAGUUCAUAGCAAACAUCUACGAUGCACGCCACCAGCUGCUGAAGUCCGUCGGGCCGCGGGUCGUCGCCGAAGUACCGCGUGCGUACUUCGGUCCGAACGAGCACGCUCACCAGACUUCGCAAAACAUCUCGGCCUUGCUGGCCGGUCCGGUGGCACCUCCGUUUUCACCACUAUCGCCCAUCAAUCCGUUACCGUUCGUUAGCUGGCCAACUGCAACGUUGGGACCGUCGUCUCUCGGAACUCUCCCGCCAGCAGCACUAUCCGCGGCAGCUGGACUGCCGACGGCCGAGUUUGCCUUCAAUCACCUGCGGAACCAGUUCCAGAGCUUUAACAUGCACAGUUCCGGUAAGCUUCAGACGGUCCCACACCAGUUGCACCCACUGUCGAUGCCACCCGGGCUAGAACGCACUCUCGGAGCAGGCAGCUCGUGUAGCAAGUCCGCUGGCCAUCUGAACAGCCACCAUCUCCUGUCGGUACCAACGGGGCACGGCACCUCGUCCUAUCUGCAUCAUCAACAGCAUCAGCAUCAACAUCAGCACCAUCAGCUGGCACAUCAUCAUCAUCAUCAGCAGCAGCAGCAACAGCACCAUCAACACAGCCAUCAGCAGACGCACGUUCCGUUCUCCGGUGGCAACGUACCGAGCUGCACGGGAGGCAAUUCGGCCAGUCUGACGACGAGUCUCACGACUAGCCAGGCCAACAGCAGCCACAACGACAUCCACUCAAGUGGCUACCAAAGUCUGAACUGCUCCAGUAACUCUCUCGACCAACAGUAUCACAGUAGCUUAUCGACGGGUGUUUCGUCCAGCUCGCUCAUCAACGGGUCUCCAUCGUCAUCGUCCGUCGACCAUCAGAGCCCGAGUGUGUCCGGGACCAGUGGGCUCAACCGCUGUCGACACGUCACCUGCACCCCGGAAAGCCCCCAUUAUUCGUCAGACAUCGACCAACGGACACCGCUGGCGUUCGAGCAGAAGAACUCACUUAAGGAUUCGUUCCUGUUUAACCUUGACCCACGAGUCGUGGCCGGCUACAAAGCGAUGCACGCGUCGCCGCAGCAGGGCGAAGUACGCACUCCGACAUUGUCCUGGCAGGGCCUGGGAUUAAGCCAGUCGUCGCCGGCCCCCCUCGAGGCGUGUGAUCUGAGCUGGGCGAACAGCAGCAGCUCGAGCACUAGCGCCGGAACUGGUGGAUCCGGCGGCAGCGGCGGGACAAACAGCUCGCCCAGCAGCGGCCCGAACGACUCGCGGCACAACAUGACGACCACUAUCAUCGAGGUGACGCCGCGCCAUCAGCGCGAACAGCUGUCACAGUACAACGACGUCACCACCAUCCUGACCGGACUGGGGCUGGAGCACUACAUCAAGAACUUCGUCAACGGCGAGAUCGACAUGACCGUCUUUCAGACGCUCACCGAUCAGGACCUGCUGAAUCUGGACGUGAAGCCGCUGGGCGCGCGCCGUCGAAUACUGAUGGCCAUUCACGACAUGGGCAUCCGCCCGGGCAGUGGUAGAUUGUUCGGAACGGGCACGCCGUCCCCUUCGUCCGUGCUUUCAACGUCGAUGUCUCGCUUUUCUGGAUCUGCCGCGCCGGGUGCAGAGCGACGCACUUCCACCAGUGGCCAAUAG